AUGCCAACACAUAUAAACAUCACCAGCACCUAUGACUCCCAUCUGCGUAUCUAUCUCUUUGGCGGCCUUCAGGGUCUCGACACGAUCUUCUCAGUGUUCUACUGUAUCGCCGUGCUGGUUCUCCAAUGCUACAAUCCGUUUUUCAUAAUGGUCGCUGUCCUCUGCUUCGGAAAUAUCCUUCGCUCCACGUUCACCUUCUGCACUAUAAUCUCGUGGUGUUCAUAUUGUGACCAGACGAUUCUCAAUUUAUUGAAUUUAUACGUAGAUCACACUUUCUGGAAUUUCCAAUCCGGAAUGAUGCUGCUCAUCGCGAUUCAUCGAUUCAUGGAUUUCAGCUAUGCCAGAAUCAGUGAUCACAUUUUUUCGCAGUUUUUGGCGUUCCUUCUGACUUCCUGGUUUUUCUGCUCUAUUGCACUUGCAAUGUUUCAGAUUAAGUUGGGAAAAUUGCAACGGGACAUGUUUUUGGAACAUGGUUGGGUGGAUGUCAGGAUGGAUGACUGUGUUGGACACUUUGUGGCCAUGAAAAUCCCGUAUCUCUUCCCAAUUUUCACUAUUAUCGUGUUCAUCAUAUUCUUCUAUCACUACAAAAAAGUGCCAAAGCAUCAAGUAAAGUUUAAGGAUAUCCCUGGAGAGAGGAACACCGCAUUGCUUAUUAUCCUUAUCAUGGCUAUUCAGACUACCCUCCACGCUCUCUACGAUCAUAAACUCUACCAACCGCUCUCCUCGCGCUUCAAUGACUAUCCAUAUGAUAUCACUAUCAGCAUGGCAUCAUUCCUCCCUGAAAUAUUGGUUCCCUUAUUUUUAUUCACUUCAAUUUCACAAUUCCAGGAGAGGGUGUCGGAUUACAAAACGCCAACGCUAUCAACUCUCAGUGUUUUUCAGUAA